AUGCGUGAACAUUCCCGCCUCUUCUUCUUCUCGUCUUCUUCCUUCUUCUUCUUUCGGGUCGCGGAUUUAUCGAGCGUCGGUACGUCUAGCCAACAUCCCGUAGACACGACGACCAAGCGUCUUGAGAAUGCAACAACGUCUCGGAACCUGGCACGCAUCUUCCGCCGCAGGUCGGCAGACGCCGCCUGGGCAAUACCACCCCUGUCCAGGCCCUUUCCCCGCAGGCAGAGCCGCGCUCUUCCUUUCAUGGUUAUUCAGGAACGUGGCUUCCGAGAUUCUCGCCUGUUCUCCCCCAGUCAACCUGCCGACCGUAACCCGGUUCCACCACCGCGGACUGUCCGCAAAACCUGGUUCGCCCGAGAUUAA